CUGGAGCGCGCAUCGCAGACAGUUUCAAGGUGGGAGAGGCAAGCACGAUCCGCACAGACCUCACAUCAUUCCUCUGCAGAGUCCGUUAUUGUUAUCUUAAAUAAAUAUACAUAUACACAUUUUACAGUUUUUUUGGUGCCGAAUUUAAACAAUCAACAUGCGUGAAAUUGUUCAUCUGCAAGCCGGCCAGUGUGGAAACCAAAUUGGAGCCAAGUUCUGGGAAGUGAUCAGCGAUGAACACGGGAUCGACCCUACAGGCACCUACCAUGGAGACAGCGACCUGCAGCUGGAGAGGAUCAGCGUCUAUUACAACGAGGCUUCAGGUGGUAAAUAUGUGCCGAGAGCAAUCCUUGUGGAUCUGGAACCCGGGACCAUGGACUCGGUCCGAUCUGGACCCUUUGGGCAGAUCUUCAGACCCGAUAACUUCGUGUUCGGUCAGAGCGGCGCUGGCAACAACUGGGCCAAGGGUCACUACACAGAGGGAGCGGAGCUGGUGGAUUCGGUCCUGGAUGUGGUGAGGAAGGAGGCUGAGAGCUGUGACAGUCUGCAGGGCUUCCAGCUCACUCACUCCCUGGGAGGAGGCACGGGCUCCGGCAUGGGCACCCUGCUGAUCAGCAAGAUCCGCGAGGAGUACCCCGACCGCAUCAUGAACACCUUCAGCGUGGUGCCCUCCCCCAAGGUGUCGGACACCGUGGUGGAACCCUACAACGCCACCCUGUCCGUGCACCAGCUGGUGGAGAACACGGACGAAACCUACUGCAUCGACAACGAGGCCCUGUACGACAUCUGCUUCCGCACGCUCAAGCUCACCACCCCCACCUACGGGGAUCUGAACCACCUGGUCUCCGCCACCAUGAGCGGCGUCACCACCUGCCUGCGUUUCCCCGGCCAGCUGAAUGCUGAUCUGCGCAAGCUGGCCGUCAACAUGGUCCCCUUCCCUCGCCUGCACUUCUUCAUGCCCGGCUUUGCCCCUCUCACCAGCAGGGGGAGCCAGCAGUACCGCGCCCUCACCGUCCCGGAGCUCACCCAGCAGAUGUUCGACGCCAAGAACAUGAUGGCGGCCUGCGACCCGCGCCACGGGCGCUACCUCACAGUGGCAGCCGUCUUCCGCGGCCGCAUGUCCAUGAAGGAGGUGGACGAGCAGAUGCUGAACGUGCAGAACAAGAACAGCAGCUACUUCGUGGAGUGGAUCCCCAACAACGUGAAGACGGCCGUCUGCGACAUCCCGCCCAGGGGGCUGAAGAUGGCGGCCACCUUCAUCGGGAACAGCACGGCCAUCCAGGAGCUGUUCAAGCGCAUCUCGGAGCAGUUUACCGCCAUGUUCCGGAGGAAGGCCUUCCUGCACUGGUACACCGGGGAGGGCAUGGAUGAGAUGGAGUUCACCGAAGCUGAGAGCAACAUGAACGACCUGGUGUCGGAGUACCAGCAGUACCAGGACGCCACGGCCGAGGAGGGAGAGUUCGAGGAGGAAGGGGAGGAGGAGGUGGCUUAAAUGUCGCAUCUGUCGCUGCCCCUUUUUCUCUCUCUCUCUCCAUAUUUCUGCUGUUUUAUUUUCGGACGUGAAAGAUACCUCCUAUACCUGUACUUGGUGAAUACAACUUGUUUUUUUUUGUUUUCAUAACUUCCAACUGCCCCCUUAAUGUCUCUCCCUCCUCUCUCUCUCUCUCUCAGUGGUGAUUCAUGUCUGUGUGAAUUCAUGUUAAACUCUUUUAUCAUGUUGGGAUUCAAACAAUAUUAAUAACAAUAACGUAAACACAUGUUGCUUCGAUAGAAUAAAGAGUUGAAACCUUUGAA